AUGAAGGAAAAAUUUUACCUUGCAUUUAAAAACGAAUUGGAUCUCAUCUAAAAACUAUAGUUAAACCCAUUAUAUAAAUAAAUCACUGUAUGGACUGAUCAUUUGUUGGAGAAUCAACAGUUGACUGAACAAGAACAACUAUUAAAUCAGUUGUCCAAUAAUUAAGAUCAUUUCAAAUAAAUAUUGCAGGAGUGUUGUGACAACCUUGACGAACAAAAUCUAAGUCUACUGUGUCUAUUGACCUUAUUUUUUGGUUUAAUGGUUCCCCUCAAAUUGAUUGAGGAGGAAAAUUUAGCUAAUAUUACGGAAAGAUACUUCACUUCACAUUCUAAUACCAUAAAACUAUUGAUUACUCUAUUUCAAAAAUUUAAGUUUAACAAUAUUAUGGUGCUCAUACCUUAAAUUUAUGAUUCGGAAAUCAGUACCCUUGCAUAAUCAAUCAAAAUUAAUUUGUUUGAUAAAACCUACAUGUCUGCUUAUAAUUUAAUUGAAGAAUACACCUAGAAUAAAUCCUAAGAGUGUUUCGAUAACAUAAUUAAAUUGGCUUAAGAUCUAGACAUUUACUCAUCAAAUUAGUUGCAUAUGCAAUUGAUUCAACAAAUCAAAAAAUUUAUUGAAUACGAAAGCAAUGAAUUGGCUUAAAAGUUUGUGGAUAUUGAAUUGAAUGAAUAUUAUGAGUCCAUUCCAAUUUUUAAGGAUGUAAAGGUUGUUAGAUGCAAGGAGGAUUUAUUGAAUAGGAAAUUGUUUAUAUUAAAUGAGUUCGUUCAUGUUCCAGAGGAUGAAACUAUUGAAUAUAAGGAGAUGGUCAAUUUAGAAUCUAAAAAUCAAUUCAUAGUCAAGAAAGCGGUCUCUGCAUUUAUGAAUCAAAAGGGAGGCACUCUAUUUAUUGGAAUCAAAGACUCAUUCUAAGUGAGAGGAUUUUCUGUUGGAAAUAACAAUUACUAUUUUAGAUAAUGUCUAUGGGAUGAUUGUCUUGAUUUGAUUCAUCCUUCCUUGGUAUUUGACAAACAAGUCAAAGUAGAUUUGAUACCUGUCUAUUCAUUAGAGGGUGAAUAAAUUGAAGGACAUUACAUAAUUAAAAUAGAGUUGAUUAGAGAACUUAACUGUUCAUUUGUCUAUACAUUUGGUGAAUUGAUUGAACAUCAUUAAUAAUGUGAAGUGACAUUUUGUUUUAAAAGACAAGGAGAUCAAUCUAAAGCUGUCAGACAUCAUCAUUUGAAAUAGUUAAUUAAAAUUCUUAAUUUAAAUUAAAAUAUUAGUGGCUUUGAAAGAAUGGGUAGAGACUAUUUUAUUGAUGGUAGAACCAAAAAUAGAAAAUAUGCUAAUUAAUCUUCUCAUGAAAGAGGAGAGUCCAAUUAAGUGCAAUACAAGUAAGAUUUAAGAAUGAAUAACCAGUUCUUAAAAGAAAUUUAAUACAAUCAAAUUCUAGAUCAAAAUUUUGAACCUCAUCCAGAUAUCGAUCUAGCUAAUCUAAAUUUAUAAAUGGAUUGUUAAUUGAAUCAACUUGAGAAAUGGUAAGAAUGGAUUGUAAUUCGAAAAUUGAAAUCUAAUGAUUUUGAUAAAUUGAACAAUAUCCUUAAGACUCUUCAAGAUGUUUGUGUUCAAGAUAUCAUCCUUGCAUAAACUACAAUUCAUAUACAAUUGAAAAAUCAUAGAAAAUAGGAAUUUAUUGAUAAUCUAAAACACUAACUUAAUCGAAUAAGAGAACGAAUUAAAUUUACAUAUGGAUAUCCAUAAGUAAUUUAAAUUGCUAAUGAAAAUAUCAAUAUAGAAUAAAUUAUCUCUGAAAACUUAAAAUUGCAUAACUUCAAAAUUCUUGCCAAAAAGGAAUGUAAAUUAAUAGAAGCUAAACAUGUUGAAGAUCUUAUUUAAAUUUAUAAAUUUAUAAAAGACAAAAUGAAGAUCGAAGUUCAUUGGAAGUUGAGGGAAGCUGAAGAAUUUGUAUUCGCACCCAUAGAAGAUGAGUAAUAAAAUUUACUAAAUUGA